GGAGGAGGGGGAGAGAGACUCUGGGCUGCUGCCGCCGCUGCUGUGUGGCUGUUUCUUUACACUCACUGGCAGGCUUGGAGCCGGCUCCCUCGCCCGCCAGCCUGGGAAAGUGGGUUACAGAGCGAAGGAGCUCAGCCCAGACACUCGCACAGGAGCACCCGGCCGCAAGGAGACCAAGCAAGAACCCCUUCCUCUGGCUUCCUCUUCACCUUUUCUAGAAGCUUUUAUAUUUGCACUCUUUUUUUGAAAUUUUGUUGCUUUGACUUUUCCCCCUUUCUGCGUGGGUUUUAGGAGGGCUUUGUUGAGUCUUAGAGGGAAAAGAGACUGAGCGAGGGAAAGAGAGCGAGGCAAAGUGGAAAGAACCACAAACUGGGAGAGCCCGCUCUGCCCUCGCGGCUGGUGAAAGCCCCCUGGGUGUAGAGCCCUGUCCUCGGCGGGCAGCGCGCACACGCCCCUCGGAGCACAGCGCGGACCCCACCUCGGCGUGGCCACCAUGGUCGGGAGAGUUCAGCCUGAUCGGAAACAGUUGCCGCUGGUCCUACUGAGACUGCUCUGCCUUCUUCCCACAGGACUGCCCGUUCGCAGCGUGGAUUUUAAUCGAGGCACGGACAACAUCACCGUGAGGCAGGGGGACACGGCCAUCCUCAGGUGCGUUGUAGAAGAUAAGAACUCAAAGGUGGCCUGGUUGAACCGUUCUGGCAUCAUUUUCGCUGGACAUGACAAGUGGUCUCUGGACCCCAGGGUUGAGCUGGAGAAACGCCAUUCUCUGGAAUACAGCCUCCGAAUCCAGAAGGUGGAUGUCUAUGAUGAGGGUUCCUACACCUGCUCAGUUCAGACACAGCAUGAGCCCAAGACCUCCCAAGUUUACUUGAUCGUGCAAGUCCCACCAAAGAUCUCCAACAUCUCCUCAGAUGUCACUGUGAAUGAGGGCAGUAAUGUGACCCUGGUCUGCAUGGCCAAUGGCCGUCCUGAACCUGUUAUCACUUGGAGACACCUCACACCAACUGGUAAGCAAACCUUUUGUUUCCAUUGUGCCACAUAUAGAUUAAGAUAUCUUCAUAUUCCUGAGAUCCCAUGGAUUGGAAAGGCAAGCAUGGAUCUUGUUAUUAAAUUUCUGAAAGAAUUUCAGCAUAGGUCUCUUUAG